AUGGUCUUACGCCAGUCAACAGAGCGCCGAUACCCGUCGUGGCUUGAGGAGUACCUCGUGAAUGCUGCACUCCAUGAAAAUAGCGAAAGUCUUACAGCGAACCAUAGAUGGCGAGCAAAUGAGACCAAGAUUCCCAAAAGCUUUACUGAAGCGAUGAAGACGCCGCAAAAAGACGAAUGGUAUCAUGGUAUGGAGAACGAGGUGAACGCCAUGUUUUCUAAGAGAGUACUGGUUCCGAUAGAUGAAGCAGAAGACCCGGCGAAGGCAAACAAAUUAGGAUUAAUGUGGAGAUUCCAAGUGAAGACUGAUGACCAAGAAUUCAUUACUCGUUUUCGUCCUAGACUUGUAGGAUUAGGAAACCAUCAGCAGCCAGGAAUUGACUACGUGGAAUCAUUUUCGCCUGUCGCACGGAUUGUUACCUUUCGAGUGUUGGUGGCACUAGCCACAAAAUUCGGACUGGUUUUAUAUCAAGGAGAUGUACAAACAGCAUACUUGAAUGCGAAUUUACAGAUCAGGCAAUAUGUCCGAAAUAUACCAGGAUUCCCUCAACCCCCAGGAAUCAUCUAUCGAGUGGACAGAGCGCUCUAUGGCUUGCAUCAGUCAGGAGCCGAAUGGAAUGAAGAGAUUGAUAACUGGUUGGUCACUCAAGAGUUCAAACGUAGUGAGACUGAGCCUUGUCUUUACUUCUACUGCAAACAUGCAGUACUGGCUCUUCUCAUGUUAUACGUCGACGAUGUGGUAUUAGCGACUGAUUAUAAGGCAUAUAAGGCAUCGUUUUUUGAAGCCAUCGACGCGAAAUAUGGUUUUCAAGAUGGAGGAAAGCUGCACUAUUUUUUAGGCAUCAAUGUCGAGCAAGAUGAGACGGACACGUAUAUUCACCAAACGAAAUAUUGCAAGGAAGUCCUCGAGAAAGUUGGCUUUGGCGAAGCACACGAGCUGAACAAAUAUGGACGACCCGUAGGAUGGCAUGGGCAAUCCUGGGCGUACUACAAAGGGAUGAUGAAACUGACCUUUGAGGAAAAGGAUGUGCUGGAUUAUGCUACGGGAAACAAGAUUCUCGUAGGUAACGCAAGUGCAAACGAAGUGAAAGCGUUUCGAGAGGCACAAGUAACAAUCAAGCAGCUUAUUCUUGCUUCCCUAUCCAUGGAGUUGGGGCUGCGUGUGAUGACGAAAGCAACUGGCACCGAGAUGUGGAAAUACUUAGAAGACUUUUACGAGGGAAAGACUAAUGCUGCAACGAGAACAAACCAAGAAAUUAUUCUUUACAACAAGUUAAACGCGAUGAAGUGCAAACCUACUUGGGACGUUGCGCAACACGUGGAAAGCGUCAAUUUCCCGCAAAUAAGGUCAAGCAAGUGA